GUAUAUCCAAUAAACAACUUGGAUCAUAAUUAAACCCAACAGUGAUUGAAGAAUUUUGAUAAUUACAGGUGUCAUAAUAUUAUUAUAACAGGCCAAUAGGUAUUGGAUCAAGCAAAACAAAAAUUAAAAAAUGGUUUCCUUCAUCCAUUAGAAUACAUUCCUUUGAUCAUAAAAAUAUUCACAUCAAUCUCUGCCAUUAUGGCCUUUGGCUGCAAUGGGGAAGCUAUCAUUGGCGAAUCAUCAGACAAUGCAACACUUUUGCCUAAAGAAGAAACAGAAAACCCUCUUCUUGAAAACUCAAAAUCAUGUCUUCUGAAGACCUUUGCCAAUUUCUUCAUUGCUAUUGUUGGUGCUGGCGUUCUUGGACUCCCUUACACAUUUAUGAGAACAGGUUGGAUCACUGGCGUUCUCACCCUUUUUGUUGUUGCACUUUUAACUUAUCAUGGCAUGAUGCUUCUAAUUAAUACAAGAAGAAGACUUCAUCUUUCCUUAAUUGGUGAUUCCAAAAUUUCAUCGUUUGGCGAUCUUGGUUUCGCUGUUUGUGGUCCAAUAGGUAGAUUUUCUGUUGAUGUUAUGAUUGUUCUAUCUCAAUCUGGAUUCUGCAUUGGAUAUCUCAUUUUCAUUGGCAAUACGUUAUCUCAUCUUAUUAGUUUGUCAAAAGGUCUUGGGAUUCCUCUAUUUUCUUCUGCCAAGUGUUUGUACAUAUGGGGUUGUUUUCCUUUACAAUUGGGAUUGACUGCUAUUCCCUCAUUAACACUUUUAGCCCCAUUGAGUAUUUUUGCUGACAUUGCACAGAUCGGUGCUAUGGGUGUCGUUAUAGUCGAGGAUGUGCAGACUUUCACGAAACAAUGGCCAUCAGAUAUAGAGACUUUCGGGACACUUUCCACAUUCUAUUAUGGUUUAGGUGUGGCUCUUUAUUCAUUUGAAGGGGUUGGAAUGGCCAUACCUUUAGAGACAGAGAUGAAAGACAAGUCAAAAUAUGGGAAAGUAUUGGCAUUGGCAAUGUUCUUUAUCGCUUUGAUGUAUGGAACAUUUGGUGUCAUGGGGUAUUUUGCUUUUGGUUCAAGUACAAAGGAUAUAAUCACAUCCAAUAUGGAGAAAGGAAUGUUGAGCACAACCGUAAAAUUGGGGCUUUGCAUUAAUUUGUUCUUUACAUUUCCCUUGAUGUUGAAUCCAGCUUUUGAGGUGUUUGAGAGAAGGUUUUCUAAUGGAAACUAUUGUGUGUGGAUGAGAUGGAUACUUGUUUUAGCAGUGACUAUGGUGGCUCUGUUGGUUCCAAAUUUUGCUGAUUUCAUGUCAUUGGUUGGUAGUAGUACUUGUUGUACUCUGGGGUUUAUUUUGCCAGCAUUAUUCCAUUAUCAAGUAUUCAAAGGAGAUAUGGAUCGAAAAAGAACACUUAUGGAUUUGGGAUUAAUAGCCUUAGGGGUGUUUUUUGGGGUUUCUGGAACUUGGUAUUCUCUAGUCGAGAUGCUCUCCCAAGGCAAAAAUGUUUAAUAUUUAUAUAUGUUCAUUGAUCAUUUAAUACCAUAGUUAUGAUUCUUGAA